AUGACGGGCCCCGAGCCGCGGCCUAUUUACGGCAGCAGCGAUCCUAAUCCCCGAGCGCUGCCGCGGGGAGGGGGCCGCAGCCUGGAGACCCCCACCGCGCCCGCGGGGUCCCGCUCGGCCCCGCCACCCCCGCACCGCUAUCCCCCCUCCCCGCACCGAGCCCCGCGCGCUGCGGACUGCGGCAGCGGCGAGCGGCGGAGCGAACCGCGCUCGGCGGCGGCUCCGGGCCCCCCGCAGCCCCCUCCGUGCCGCUCGCAGCCCCCCAGGCGAGCCCCGGGCCCGCCGAGCCCCCCGAACCCCCCGAGCCCCGCUCACCGGGCGGGCCGAGCUGCGCGGGAGCUGCUCACCUGUCCCCGUGUCCCGUGUCCCGUGUCCCGUGUCCCGUGUCCCCACCCCGGCCCCGCCCCUCGCCCUCCCCUUCCCGUUCUGGGCCCUGUUUCGGUUUCGGUUCUUGCCCGGGGCGGAGCCGCGCGGCGGCCGGAUGGCCGGGGCGGUGCUGGAGGUGCGGGGGGCGCCCCCCGACGCCCCCGAGGAGCUGCUGAUCCUGUACUUCGAGAGCCGGCGGCGCUCGGGGGGCGGCCCCGUGCGGGGCUGCCAGCGCCUCGGGCCCCUCCUCUUCCUCACCUUCGAGGACCCCCGCGACGCACAGAACGUGCUGGCCCAGGGCAGCCACAGGCUCGGGGGGGCGGAGCUGGGGGUGCGCCCGGCCCCCCCCCCUGGGACCCCACCCACCUGCUGCUGCACAGCCUGGAGCCCAGGAGCCCCCCCGAGCCCCUGGACGUGCCCCUGGACACCCUGCUGGGGGUCCCCCCCGGCAGUGCCACCCUGUGCCAGGGCUCGGUGCCCGGCGGGGGCCUGCUGCGCCUGCGGGACCCCCUGAGCCCCCCAGAGCUGGCGGCGGCGGAGCGGCGGGCGCGGCAGCGGGGGCUGGCGCUGCUGCGGGUGCCGCGCAGCUCCGCGGUGCUGGUGCGGGCGCCGGGGCCGGCGCCGAGCCGCGACCUGCUCGAGCUCUACUUCGAGAACCGGCGCAGCGGCGGCGGCCGCGUCACCGACGUGCGGCCGCUGCCGGGCGGGCGCGGGGCCGUGGUCACCUUCCAGGAGGCGGCAGCCGCAGAGCGGGUGCUGCAGAGAACACACCGGCUGCAGGACACGGUGCUGGAGCUCGUCCCCCACUUCCCCUUCCUGGAGCUGCCCCUGGACGCUGACGUGGAGCCCCUGCUGGUCACGGAGCCCUCGCUGGACAUGGAGUGCCUGCCAGACACGGCCCCUGGUGUGGCACAGACAAAGACCCCGCCGGACACGGCCCCUGGUGUGGCUCACACAAACACCCUGCUGGACACAGCCUCUGGCGCGGUGCACACUAACACCCAGCCGGACACAGCCCCUGGCGUGGCGCACAUGAACACCCAGCCGGACACAGCCCCUGGUGUGACACAGACAAACACCCAGCCGGACACAGCCCCUGGCGUGGCGCACAUGAACACCCAGCCGGACACGGCCCCUGGCGUGGCACACACAAAUCCCCAGCUGGACACAGCUCCUGGCGUGGCACAGACGAACAUCCAGCUGGACACAGCCCCUGGUGUGGCACACACGAACACCCUGCUGGACACAGCUCCUGGCGUGGCACACACGAACACCCAGCUGGACACAGCUCCUGGCGUGGUGCACACAAACACCCAGCUGGACACAGCUCCUGGCGUGGCACACACGAACACCCAGCUGGACACAGCCCCCGGCGUGGUGCACACAAACACCCCGCCGGACACGGUGCCGUCACCAACAUGGCACCCGGUGCCAGAACAGCCGCCAGCCGCUGUCCCCAGCAGGGACAAGGACACAGCGGGGCUCAGGGCCGUGCCCAGCCAGGCCCAGCACCCCGGGCCUGUGUCCGUGGGGGUCCCGGAGCCGGUGUCGGCGGUGCCGGUGUCGGCGGUGCCGGUGCAGGACGAGGUGCUGGUGCCGGCGGAGCCGGGGGCUCUGCGAUACCUGCAGCAGCACCACCAGGACGUGCUCAGCAGCAUCCCCGAAGUGUCCCUGCUGCCACUGGAGGGAGGGGACAUCUCUGCCUUCCGGGUGAGCGGGGAGCCGGAGCGGUGCCAGGCAGUGGCAGAAUUCCUGCAGAGCCUGCUGGACUCCGUGUGCUCGCACCCCACAACCCUGCGCCUCCCCGGCGUCGCCCGCUUCCUGUGGGACCUGGCGGGGCAGAGCCUCCUGCAGCAGCUGGAGAGCCGCUUCCAGUGCGUCAUCCAGCUGGAAGGGGAGCCCUGGAGCCCGCCAGAUCCCCAGCUGGAGCUGGAGGAGCUGCUGCCCCCGAGCCGGGACCUGCCUGAGGACGCCGAUGGUGAUGAUGAUGGUGAUGAUGAUGGUGGUAAUGAUGAUGGCUUUCAUUCCAACGCAGAGGAGAUCAAGGAGGUGAUGGCAGCGCUGCACCCCGGCAGCGCCGGCGGCCGCGGCAGCCCCGAGCUGUGGCCUGGCACCGUCCCCGACGCCGCGUGGGACGCCGGGGAUGAAACCCCGAGCGCGGGCGGCGGGGACGGCGCCAAGGAGCUGCUGUCCCACACCCGGGUGGAGGAGGAGGUGCAGAUGGCGCUGGCCAUCCAGUGCUCCAUGGACGACUCGUGGUGCGAGGAGCAGGAGCUGGCGCGCGCCACGGCGCUGUCGCUGCGCUCCUUCAGCCGGGAGCGGCGGCAGGAGCGGGCGCAGGAGGACGCGGGGCUGCUGGCGGCGCUGGAGGCCUCGCUGGAGGAGGCUCUGCGGGCGGCGGACGUGGCGCGGGCGACGGUGUUCUGCUCCCCGGAGCAGGAGGCGGCGGCGGUGCCGCGGGAGCUGGGGCGGGCGCUGGCGGGGCGGCAGCGGGAGCGGGAGGUGGCGAGCGAGCGGCUGCGGGCGCUGCCGGCCGCCGGGUGCUGCGCGCUGGCGCUGCUGCGGCGCCGGCACGCCGUGCACCUGCUGCUGCGCGGCGGCACCGCCACGCUGCGCGGCUUCGCCGACUACCUGGGCCCUGCCGCGCAGGAGCUCACGGCGCUGCUGCAGCGCCUGCCGCCGCCGGGGCACGCUGCCGCCGCUGCCACCUCUGCCACCGCCACCACCACCAAAGCCACCGCCACUGCUGCCACCGCCAACGCCACCACCACCAUCAUCGCCACCAAUGCCACCACCGCCGCCACCACUGCUGCCACUGCUGCCACCGCCGCCGCCACCGCGCACUGGGUGCGCUGGGACCCCUGUGGCACCGCCGUCCCCUACGCCCCCGAGACAGCGGCGCUGCUGGAGCAGGCCUGGCAGCGCCGGGAGCGCCGGCUGGAUCUGGUGCUGGACGGGCGGCCCCUCACCGUGGAUCUGGAGCGCAUGGAGGAGUUCGACCUCGGCAGCGCCCGCGCCCUGCCCGUCUGCCGCAGCCAGCCCCCGCUGGACAGCACCUGCUGCCUGCUCGGGCCAGAGGUGCCUGGGCUGGAGGAGGAGGUGCGGCUGCUGGCUCUGGCUGAGGACUCGGAGGAGUUCGCUGACACGGUGCAGCAUUUCAGCGCCACGCUGGAGGAGCUGCACGGCCACAUCAGCGUCGUGCAGGUGCAGAAGCUGAUCCACCCGGUGCUGUACAAGCAGUACCAGCUGAAGAAGGGCAGCGUGGGGCGGGCCUGCGCCGCCGGCACCGCCGUGGAGCGCGUCCUGUUCCACGGCACCACCCAGGCCUCCAGCCGCGAGAUCUGCCUGCACGGCUUCAACCGCAGCUUCUGCGGCAAGAACGCCACGCUCUACGGCCUCGGCGUGUACUUCGCGGCGCGCGCGGCCGUCUCGGCGCGGGACCGCUACUCGCCGCCCGGCGCCGCCGGCACCAAGUUCAUCUUCAUGGCCAAGGUGCUGACCGGGGAGUUCACGGCCGGCCGCCCGGGGCUGCGGGCGCCCCCCCUGCGAGAGGGGGCCGGGGUCCCCCGGCGCUUCCACAGCGUGGUGGACGACCCCCGGCGGCCCGAAAUCUUCGUCAUCUUCAACGACACGCAGGCGUACCCGCAGUACCUCAUCACCUGCCGCAGCCGCCGGGGGGGGCCCCUCUGAGACCCUGGCAUCCCCCUGGCAUCCCUCUGGCAUCCCCUGGCAUCCCCCUGGCAUCCCCCUUUUUAUCCCCCUGGCAUCCCCCUGGCAUCCCCCCGGCAUCCCCUGGCACUGGUGCCAUUGGGGGUUACGCUGUCCUGGGGACUUGCUGUGCCAGGGAGGUUACUGCCCGGCCCAGGAGCUCAGAGUGGGGGAUCCUCACCUGGGGACACUCCUGGGCACCCUCGUGCCAGGGCAGGAGGAGUUGGGGUCACCUGUGUGACACCAGUGAAAUUUGGAAUAAAAGUGCAAAUAAAAUUGGAAUAAAUUGGA